UCGAGAGGCGUGAGCGAAAAAUUGACGUCUCCAAUGCCAGUUUGCUUCCAAUAGCCUGUUUGGUUGCUCAUCGUUUGUGAUUGCAGAUCUGGAGCAAGUUGUCAAACUUUUAUGCCUUUUUCUUGUGAUAGUUCUCCGUCAAGCUGCUCAGAGGAGGGUGAUGCUGAAUGUGAAAGUGUUGAUGCCACAGACCACCACAAGAUUUCCCACAAUCCUGCUGACAUGAAGUCCGAAAGCCUUCCCGUCUACAUACCCGAAGAUAUCCCGAUUCCAACAGACUUCGAACUCCGGGAAUCACAGGUUUACCCUGGGCUAGGGGUAUGGAGUCGUAUUGACCUUCCGGCACAUCAGAAAGUUGGGCCUUUUGCUGGUGUCCUCAAAGCCUCUGUCUCAGAUCCGUCGUGUGCUUGGGAGCUGGUGGAUGACUGUGGUAAGGUAAAGGGCUGGGUGGACGCGAGCAAUCCCGGGUCCGGUAAUUGGAUGAAGUACAUCCGUGGUUCCGAAGACAGGAAUCAAAGAAAUUUGAUGGCAGUUCAAGUCGACGAUCAGGUGUACUACAGAGCUGUGAGGGACAUUCACCCAGGAGAAGAGAUGCUGCUGUAUGCAAGAGAAGCUCUGUACCCAGAGAUGGAAUUGGAUGCUAUGGCCAUGCACAAAAUGGAAGAUGAAGAUCGGACAUACUCGUGCCCAGAGUGUGGUGAAGUUUUCCGUUCCAAAGUUGCUCUACGCCGCCAUCAGACUUAUGUUUGUGGUCGUUCCGCUGCACUUUACCAAGCCAUGACCCGCGACUCUGGCGACCAUAUUGAGGCAGAAAGUAAAAGCAGUACUGACUCCGAUAUCGCUAGAGAGACUGAGACAGGGGAAGGGGAAUACAAGUGUGACGAGUGCCCCAAGUCUUUCCAGUGGAAGUCCAACUUGAUCAGACAUCAGGCUGCACACGACAUCGGACGUCGAUUCCCUUGUGAGAACUGUGAUAAAGUCUUCACAGACCCAAGCAACCUACAGCGCCAUAUCCGUUCCCAACACAUCGGUGCCCGGUGCCACGCUUGCCCUGAGUGCGGCAAGACCUUCGCCACGUCUAGCGGUCUGAAACAGCACCAACACAUUCACAGCAGCGUGAAGCCUUUCCAGUGUGAAGUCUGCCUCAAGGCCUACACCCAGUUUUCCAACCUCUGCAGACAUAAACGGAUGCACGCAGAUUGCCGGCAGCAGAUUAAGUGCAAGGACUGUGGUCAAGCAUUCUCAACAGUUACCUCCCUUAGCAAGCACAAGAGAUUCUGCGAGGGGGCGCUGAGGAACGGCAUGCGUGUGUGCUAUUCAGCAGAUAAGAUGUCACCAAUGUCUUUGUCACCAGGAAGCCAGCCCACACCCAUCAAUCCUGCCCUGAUGGGUCUGUACGGAGCCCGUCCCCCCUUUCCAUACUACCCUGCGUUUGGUGCCACGUUCCCAGUCCUACAGCCAGGAGGACAUCUCCCAGGUGUCCUUGGAUCACCCAUCUCACCCGGUGCCAAACUACCAGCAUACUUCACCCCUGAGAAGAAACUCUCACCUGAGGGCAGUAGUAUCAGCUCUUCGGAGAAGGAUGACCACCGUGAGAUGAAGGUGCGUGAUGGUUCCGAUGGCGAGAUGUCCGACAUGAGCACAGGAAGCGAUCUGGAUGUCAGCUCAGUGUCAGACGCCGAAAGCGAAUCCAGUCAUAAGAGACCAUCAUCAAGUCUUGAACCUGGUGAGAUCUGCCAUCCCAAGAUGUCCCCCCAUCUGCCACUGAGUCUUACCAAACACAGAUCUGAUCUGCCAAAUCUUACACCACCAAGCCACAGACAAGAUGCUCCAUUUGACCUCUCAAAGAAAACUCCAUCACCCAAGCCUGAACUUACAACCCCAACCAAAGAUGAGCUGCCUCUGGAUCUGAGCAAGAAGAUCACCAAGGAGACGAGCCCAAUUGAAACUCCUCGCAAGACUCAUGUAUAUGGUGAGAUGAGAUCUCCUCUGAUGCCAGAAGUCAAGUUUCCUCACUUCCCCUACCCUUUCCCCACACCCCUCGUCAUGGAUACGAUGAUGAGGAUGGACAAGGAGAAGUUCCAGGCCAUCCAAGAUGCAGCCAAGUUCAUGCCGUUUCCCCGUUUUCCGAUGGGUGGACCAGCAUUCCCUGCAAUGAGCCCCUUCAGCCUGAUGCGAUCUGAUGCCGAUAAGACCCUAUCUCCAAUGAUGAAGAUGGAAAAGGUUGUCGACCCUUAUCCUUAUUCUCCCAGUGGAAACAAAAUGAAGGAACGCUACUCCUGCAAGUUCUGUGGUAAGAUCUUCCCGAGAUCUGCCAACCUGACUCGCCAUCUUCGUACUCACACGGGAGAGCAGCCCUAUAAAUGCAAGUACUGUGAGCGAUCCUUCAGCAUCUCAUCUAACCUCCAACGUCACGUCCGCAACAUCCACAACAAGGAGAAGCCCUUUAAGUGUCCCCUCUGUGAUCGCUGCUUUGGGCAACAGACAAACCUUGAUCGCCACUUGAAGAAACACGAGUCUGAAGGUCCAAACGUUGUAGACUCACCAACCAAUGAGCUUGAAGAAAAAGAUGAUGCCUACUUCUCUGAAAUUCGUAACUUCAUUGGGAAAGCAACUGAAGGCAAACUAUCAGGAGGUGUCCACGGGGGAAGACAAGCUCUCUGAAGAAGAUCUCAGUAGUCGGCGUAGUCCAGUUGAUGCUGUGAUGGAUGAUGGUGAUGAUGAAGCAGGCGAAACAACAGAUGACAAUGACAAUGAGAGUGUGAGUGAGCCUCCAAAUAAGUCGGCUCGUCUUUCUGAGAACAAUAACGAAAAAGAAACCAGUAAGUCUCCCGUGUCAUUUAUUGCCAAUGGGUAUCACCAUGAAGGACUUGAGGUGUGUCCGAAGCCGAGCUACGAGCUUCAGAGUGGCUACACCCCAACUCUAGCCUGUUCUACAUAAAUAGUCCCGAACUGUGUGAUCUGUGACGAUCUGUGACGUUCUGUGUAGCUGCUGGUAAAAGGACCAAUUGGUGUAUAGAUGUAUAUUGGUGUAAACUUACACUCGGGUGUAAAUGUCGAAACGUUACACAAUGGUGUUGAUGUACAUUUCGUGUUGACUUGACUUGUCUUUUGUAGUUUGACCUGCCUGGUCAAUCAAAUGGAUUUCAGGGAUGUGCUUUGAGGGACCAAAUUCUCAACCAAAUGACUUUUUGAGUGUUUUGUUACACAGAUUGUGUGUAUUCAACCUUUGCAGUUAAUGAUUACACAUAUGUGUAUGAGCACCCAUGGUAUGACCCAGUGUAUGUAAGAGUUGAGUGGAUAUUAUUGAAUUUUCAACGAUGACUAGUCAAUGGACUCUGUAUAUCCCACUCGCCUAACAACUCAUUACACUUGUGCUGUUAACAACUAUAUGUCACAUGUAUAGAUUUUGAAACUUUUCCUUUUUCAUUUUGACAUUUUUGAAAUCUAAUUAUAUUUACACUGUAUUUAAUAUGUAGAUUUAUUUAUACUGCUACUGAAUAUAAAAUAUGAAUUUUCUAAGAAAUUUGACAACUAUUGUGAAGUGGUUUUUUCCUUGGUGUGUAUCUAUAGCAGAGUGCUCACCCUCGCUGUGAUGGUUAGAAAAGAAUACUGCUUCAGUGUUGCUAGAAAUUUCAGUAGGUCCUGUCAUAAUUAUCUGUUAUGGGGUUUCAGUAACACUUGUGUCGAAAAAAUAUCCAUCAAGGGACUAGAAUCUCAGCUUUGCACAUACUACGUUUAAUCAUAAGCCCGACAAGCAAGGCUAAAUGCCCUAUGUGCAUCGCUAACUGUAGCUGACGUCUAGCGCAUAUAAUUUGGUGUAAGAAGUUUUAUUUAUAUUUUUUGUUUAUUUGACCAGUCCGGACGGACAGACCUAUAUCCAUUGCCUUCGUGUAACAGUAUUAAACCAUUUGUCAAAACCACCAUAAUAUGUCUUGAGGAAGAUAGUGUUUUGUAGUUAUAACCUUCCAUUCUUGCCAGCAGCCAUUUUGUCAGGACCAGGGUCUCCAAACUGUCCAGUAUUAUACACUAGAUGGUUGUUGUUAGCAUAGCUUGUUUGUUAUUUAUUUUCAUGCAUAUUUGUAUGCAGAAAUAGUUGUUAGUUGUAUAGAAUUCAACUUUCCCCCAUGAUAUGGCUUCCAUGUUUAACCACAGUAUUGCCAUUUUGAGUAGCUCCUGCUACUUUCCUCAAAACAUAUUGUGAAUGUCAAGGCUGACACAAACUGCUAUUGCAGUGUGUAAUUCAAGUAUUUAGACUUUGUCGACAAGGUCUCCCUCCUUAGUCCCGAGUCGACGUAAUAGUGGAGCAUUUAUUUACAUGUAGCACCGUUUUCAAGAUUUAUUAUUUUGUUGCUUUUUUGUUUUUUGCCUCACUAUGUCUCACUAAAUUAUUCAAAUAUCAUCACCUUCAUAUUUAUUUUCACAUGUGAUUCAACAUGUUCUGGAAUUUCAUGAAAACAAAAACAAUAAAUCCAUUUAAAUUAUGUUCAAGUUUUCACCUUCUUUUUCACCAAAAGCAUUAAUGGAUAGUGUCCAGAUUUUUUAAAAUGAUGAUUUUGUAUAUGAAUAUAACUGUCUCAAUACUUAUGAUAAGCAUUAUAUCUAGUCCACCUCAACUGGCCCUAAAUAGGUAUAUUUAAUUAGGGUCUGAGGGAGCAUCUGUCUCAGUGCUUACGACCUUACAGCUUUUGAAUAUCCAUGUUGCUUCAUGGAAUAUUGAAUAAGAUGUAAAACGAAGUGAGUCAGAUAUGCUGUUUGUAAACUGGGCAGUUAUCUCUGCCCAUAUGUCUCUCUAGUCUUAAGUAUCUGUCGCUUUUCACAAAGUUAUUGAUUAGUUUUGCCUUCUCCGAUCAAAGCUCCUGUUAGACAUCUGUUGCGGGGUAUUAACUUAGUGUUGUUAUGGAUUAGUUUGGCCCUGUAUGGGAUGUCUUUGUAGGAGUGAGUUGUCUCCCCUUUUUAUGGGACAUUACCCUGUGGAUAUCAGACUUGAGAGAACUUUCAAAUAAUGGAAUAGCUUGACUAUUGAUUGUAAUGAAGCUGUCAGAAUCUUGUUUUACGUGUAAAGAGAUUGUAAAGAUCUGGUUGUCUCAGCAUCAACUGUAUCAUUGAUAUGAUUUAAUUCGUAACAUUGUGGUUUAUGGCGAUGUCCUCUCAGGAUGCAUUAAAAUACAUCAAAUUGA